AUGACAUCUGGACUUCCUCCUGGGCUCGAAGGAAACCUCGUAGAAUACGUUCAAGGGGGAGUGGCAGACUGGCUGCCAUUCGAUCACAAGCGGUUCUAUACCAACGCGUUCAUCAUCCAGGGCGAUAAGAUUCUCCUCGGGUUGAAGAAACGUGGAUUUGGCAUCAACAAGUACAAUGGGUUUGGUGGCAAGGUGGAACCAGGAGAGACGCUCACUGGAGCUGCGAUGCGCGAACUUAAAGAAGAAGCCGGUAUUGAUGCGCCCCUCGAGCACGCAGGAUCACUGUUGUUCGUGACAAACGGCGUUGGAUGGGCUUUCCAGAUCGAGAUAUUUUCUGCCCGUUCAUACUCAGGAAGACCUACAGAGUCAGACGAAAUGCGACCGAAGUGGUUCUCAUUUGAGUCACCCGCUACGUCUGAUGCAGACGCGAUACUGCCACCGAUCCCGUAUGAAAUGAUGUGGGAUGGUGAUGAUCACUGGUUGCCCCUCCUAGUGCAAGGGCGGAAAUUUGUUGGCCGAAUUGAUUCUGUAACACAAGAUGAUGGUAAAUUCGCGAUGACGAGGCACUGGUUUGGCACUGUUAUUUCAGAUGACUGA